AUGGUUGAUGGACAGGUGGGAUUUCCUGUCGCCAUUUUAGGGAACCACACACCGAAAACCCCUGCGCCAGUGGAUGAAGCCAGCUGCAGGGAGGGAGGGAGAAAGAGAGGAGAAAGGCAGAGGGGAGAAAUCAGAAAGCAGAAAAGCAGAGAGGAAGAGAGAGAAGAGAGAAGAGAGGAGAGGGAGAAGAGAAGAGAGGGAGAAGAGAGCCCUGGAGGCGCUGAGCCGUUGGGGCAGAGGGCCAGCGGGGCAGGGGGCAUGGGGGGCAUCGGGGCAGAGGGCCUGCAGCAGCGCAGCCUCGGCCCCCAAACCAAACCGGAACGGGGGGAAAAGAACACGAGGAGCACCAGGAGCAGGAACAUGAGGAGCACGAGGAGCAGCGGGGGCACGAGAGCGAGGAGCACGAGGAGCACGAGGAGCACGAGGAGCACGAGGAGCGUGGGCAUGGAGAGCACGAGCACGAGGAGCAAGAACAUGAGGAGCAGGAGCAGUGGGGGCACGAGCGCGAGGGGCGCGGGCAUGAGGAGUGUGGGUGUGAUGAGCACGAGGAGCAGGAACAUGAGCACCAGGAGCAGCGGGUGCGAGGAGCAGGAGCAUGAGGAGCAGGAGCAGCGGGGGCAUGAGGAGCGCGGGCGCGAGGAGCACGAGGAGCAGGAACAUGAGGAGCACGAGGAGCAGGAGCAGCGGGGGCACGAGUGCGAGGGCGUGAGGAGCAUGAGCACGAGGAGCAGGAACAUGAGCACCAGGAGCAGCGGGUGCGAGGAGCAGGAGCAUGAGGAGCAGGAGCAGCGGGGGCAUGAGGAGCGCGGGCGCGAGGAGCACGAGGAGCAGGAACAUGAGGAGCACGAGGAGCAGGAGCAGCGGGAACACAAGUGCGAGGAUGUGAGGAGCACGAGAGCAGCGGGGGCACGAGCGCGAGGGGCGCGGGUGCGAGGAGCACGAGCACGAGGAGCAGGAACACAAGGAGCACCGGGGCAGGAACACGAGGAGCAGGAGCAGCGGGGGCACGAGCGCGAGGGGCGCGGGUGCGAGGAGCACGAGCACGAGGAGCAGGAACACGAGGAGCAGGAACAUGAGGAGCACCAGGGGCAGGAACACGAGGAGCAGGAGCAGCGGGGGCAUGAGCGCGAGGAGCACGAGGAGCAGGAGCACGGGCACGAGGAGCAGGAACACGAGGAGCACCAGGAGCAGUGGGGGCACGAGCUCGAGGAGCGCGAGCACGAGGAGCAGGAACAUGGAGAAGCACGAGGAGCAGGAGCAGCGGGGGGCACGAGUGCGAGGGGCGCGGGCACGAGGAGUGCGGGCGUGAGGAGCAGGAAGAGCAGGAACACGAGGAGCAGGAGCAGCGGGGGCACGAGUGCGAGGGGCGCGGGCGCGAGGAGCUCGAGGAGCAGGAACACGAGGAGCAGGAGCAGUGGGGGCACGAGCGCGAGGAGCACGAGGAGCGCGGGCGUGAGGAGCACGAGCACAAGGAGAAGGAACAUGAAGAGCACGAGGAGCAAGAACAUGAGGAGCACCAGGAGCAGGAGCAGCGGGGGCACGAGAGCGAGGAGCACGAGGAGCGCGGGCACGGGUGCGAGGAGCACGAGGAGCGCGGGCACGAGUAGCACGAGUAGCGUGGGCACGAGGAGUGAGGGUGUGAGGAGCACGACGAGGAGCAGGAGCAGCGGGGGCAUGAGCGCGAGGGGCGCGAGGAGCGCAGGCACGAGGAGCAGGAACACGAGGAGCACCAGGAGCAGGAACAUGAGGAGCACGAGGAGCAGCGGGGGCACGAGCGCGAGGAGCACGAGGAGUGGGAGCACGGAGAGCACGAGCACGAGGAGCAGGAACAUGAGCACUAGGAGCAGCAGGUGUGAGGAGCAGGAGCAUGAGGAGCAGGAGCAGCGGGGGCCUGAGGAGCGCGGGCGCGGGGGCACGAGCGCAAGGAGCACGAGGAGCAGGAACAUGAGGAGCACGAGGAGCAAGAGCAGUAGGGGCACGAGUGCGAGGGCACGAGGAGCGGGAGCACGAGGAGCAGGAACACGAGGAGCACCAGGGGCAGGAACACGAGGAGCAGGAGCAGCGGGGGCACGAGCGCGAGGGGUGCGGGCGCGAGGAGCCCGGGCACGAGGAACAGGAACACGAGGAGCAGGAACACGAGGAGCACCAGGGGCAGGAACACGAGGAGCAGGAGCAGUGGGGGCACGAGCGUGA